UCAAUUAUUUAUGCACAUAAAUCUUCCUAUAAAUAGAGCCCAAGAAUGUAUCAGUUUCUUCAUCCCUCAAUUUUGAGUUAUUAUAAGUACUAAGCUUUGGAAUAAAAAAAGAAUGGGUUCCAAAACAUUUCUAUUGCUAGGCCUAUUUUUGGCUAUUUUCUUAAUGAUAAGCUCCGAAGUAGUAGCUAGGGAGUUGAGUGAGACUCCCAACACGGAGAAAGAAGUAGACGUUGACCAUUACUAUGGCGGCGGUGGCUAUAAAAAGGGUGGCUAUCAUAAAGGAGGAUGUUACCAUAAAUGCAAAUAUCACAAAUGCUGCACCUAUGAAGAAUACAUGGCCUUGGGAAUAGCCACUGAAUCUGAGACUCCCAACUUGACUGAGACUCCCAACUCGGAAAAAGAAGUAGAUGUUGACCAUUACUAUGGCGGAGGUGGCUAUAAAAAGGGUGGCUAUCAUAAAGGAUGUUACCAUAAAUGCAAAUAUCACAAAUGCUGCACCUAUGAAGAAUACAUGGCCUUGGGAAUAGCCACUGAAUCUGACACUCCCAAGUUGACUGAGACUCCCAACUCGGAGAAAGAAGUAGACGUUGACCAUUACUAUGGCGGAGGUGGCUAUAAAAAGGGGGGCUAUCAUAAAGGAGGAUGUUACCAUAAAUGCAAAUAUCACAAAUGCUGCACCUAUGAAGAAUACAUGGCCUUGGGAAUAGCCACUGAAUCUGAGCCACAGAACUAAUUAAUUAGUGCUUAAUUAUGUAUUAUUAAUGUAAUCCUUUGUAAUGGAAGUAGCAAGAACAUAAUAAUCUUGCUACUUUAUUUAGAACUUUUGCUUGUAUGAAUAAAACCAUUGAAUAGUUCCUAUGGAUGGUUGGUCAUGGUCAUGAAAUGUUCUGUUGUAUGAUAUAUUUGAUAUUGUGUUAAAAAAAAAAAUGUAUGCAUACCGUUUCAUUUUCUUGUUA